CCAUCCCUCGGAUUAGCGCUUGAGCCGCAGGAUUUACCGGAGAGGUGCCUAUAAUUCACCGGGAGCGACGCGCCGAGUCAGGGCAGACGGGAGUGAUCCAGUUUCACUUAAUGUUCCUGCGGAGCCGUAGGUUUCUUUUUGAAUAUCAUUGCGGGACGCAUUUUGCGCACAUGCCUCCAGGACCUUCCAUACUUGACGCAAAGCUUUUCUGACCCCAGAAAAGCCUUGACCGAGUAACCGAAGUUGAGCAAUGGCAGGUUGUACUCACGGCGCAGUUUUGGGGAACUUAUUUGGUGGAGUCUGGUGUUUUCAUUAGUCAUCUGAGGAGGGAUAAUGUGUGUAGCUCCUGCUGCCAGUGGACACGUCUAAUCCCACCCCCGAUUACAGCGCACAGAUGGAUUGCUUCGUGCCGGCAAACCAGCCGACACCAGGGCCCGGUCACUUUCAUUUGACCGCUAUGCCUGCGUGUUGAAUACUGAGUUAAAGUCAUUUAAGGGCAGUUCAGCAUCAUUUGUACCUGGGUUCCCGGUUUCUCCUCCCGGCGGCGAAAUGAGGAGAGCUGUGCUGAAAGAAGCCGCAAAACGAUUCCCCUGGCUGGCCAAUGUCACCUUGUACGGCUGCUUAUUUGCCGGAGGUGACCUGGUCCAUCAGCUCAUAGCUCAGAACGAGCGCUUGGACUGGAGACACACCCGUAACGUGGCCAUCGUGGCCAUCAGUUUCCAUGGAAACUUUAACUACUUCUGGCUACGAGCCCUGGAGAGGCGCUUCCCUGGAAAGUCUGCCGGGAUGGUUCUCCGGAAACUGCUGCUUGACCAAAGCUUCGCGUCACCUUUGGCCACCAGUGUCUUCUACACAGGGGUGAGCGUCUUGGAGGGUAAAGAUGACAAGUUAGAAGACUGGAGGGAUAAGUUCUUCAACACCUGGAAGACUGGACUCAUGUACUGGCCUUUCAUGCAGUUGCUGAACUUUGUCUUGAUGCCAUUAUACUUGCGAACGGCUUUCAUGGGCUGCUGCGCCUUCCUCUGGGCCACCUUUCUGUGCUUCUCGCGGCAGGACGGCGACGGCACGGCCACCGUGGCUCUGGCCUUUGUCAUGGAUCCCCGUAAAACAUUAGAGGAGAUGCGUGAGGCCCGGCUGGCCCGAAGAAAGCAAAAGACCCAGAAGGAAAACUGAAGGAAGGAGGAAAAGAGGGUCACCACGUCUGUCAUUCAAGCCUUUGAGCUUGAUAGCAGGACAGAAGGCGUUUUCCCUUUUGCUAAAACCAGCAUUCUCAAAGUGAAAGUGUAGAGAGCUGAAGAGCAUCUGUUUUUUCUGUCAUUUACACUCACAAAAGUUUGACUGAUAUGGAUUUCGAAGACCAUUGUAGAAGUAAAUAUGAGGAAUUCCCAAAGUACUGCAAGCACUGGACUUUACUACUUUUGCCUCUUUGAAUACUCACAUUGCUACAUCACAAUAGGGCAACAUUUGGUUUCAAAUGUGAUCAACUUGGACAAAUGGACUUCUCACUUUAAAGGGUAUUUGAGUAGUGAUAAGGGACUGCGGCUGGUUGUAGUCUAUGCUGGUUUUAAUGUGAGCCUGCAGUGAAGAUCCUGAGAUCAGAUUUAAGGCCUCACUAUUUCUUUACACUAGUCGUGCCUUCUUUUGGUGAUAAGACCACUGCCCGCGACCCCUGGUCUACGAGCUGAUGGCUGACUAGUGACUGGUCACUAGUUGUAAUCAAUGCACUGAGAUAUAUAUCCCAGUGCCAUAUAUAUAUAUAUAUAUACAUAUAUGCUUUUAUAUUGGGAUGCACUGAUGUAUUAGCAUAAGAUCAGACCGACAGCAUGAGAUCAGACCGACAGUAUAAGACAACAGGCUUUAAAGCCAAACCAAAACCAUUGAUGAUAAUAUUCUGAAGACAUCGAGUGGCGGCAUUAGAGGAAAGGUCAGGAUAUCCUCAGAAACAUUACAAGAGGAUAUUAGUGUAAAUAAAGACAUGAGAGUAUACAUAUUCUUACCCAACUCAAUCCCAAUUAAUUUAUGCAGCAGUAAAAAAGAUUAUAGGCACAUUUCUGAAAAUAUUGAACUUUCCCAUCGAGGAUAAUGGUGAUGCUAAGCUUAGCACUACCAGGGCUCAUUAUUUGUCGGUGCAUCCCACUUAUGUUGUGUGUCCUAGUUUUACCUGUUUAACCUGUUUCUAUACUUUCUCAUCCUGUCCUCUUACUUGAACGAUCACAUAGGUUGCCAUCGGCCCAGAUACCUUAUCAUGCAACACAUCCAGUUACCUGCACCAGACCCAUUAUUUACUUUUGCGUAGAUUUUAAUUAGUGAAGUUGGAAGAUUUGUGUAGUUUAAUUCUAUUUAUCCAAAAGAGAGGGAAGAGAGUUUAAUAUUUAAUUGCUUCAUGUACAAUAGAUACACAGUUUUACGUCAGUGGUGUAUAACUCUGUGAUGUACAUAAUAUUUAUGGAUUUCUGUUUUUCCAUGUUCAACACGAAAAUAAAACCUCAAAUAAUAUUAUUUAUUGUUCAGAACAUAGUAAUAUUGCAUAUAAUAAACUGUGAGAUUCUUAACUUUUUUGUUGCAUCUGUAUGAUUGAACUUUUCUGUUGAGUGAAAACUUGUGUGUCCAAUUUGACAUAAGGGAAUGGAAAUUAAAAGUGAUGAAUAAAUCAGUCAAACACUU